AUGGAUUCAGCUGGAGGAUUUCAGUCUUCUAACUUAGUAGUUUCUAAUUUACUGGUGUCUGGACAGAAAUCAAAACCGAAUGUCAUCAAAUUACCGUGUGGAUUGUAUUUUCUUAAAGAUCCUGAUCUAAGUGGUUAUUAUUGUCUGGGAUUCAUUGUGUACGGACUUAGUUAUGGCGCCUAUGUACUUCCAAAUAUUGUUAUUUACCCAAUGUAUCAACAAGGAGUUAUUGAUGUGGUUAUCGUAUCUGCAAUUGAUGAAAAAUUUGUGUUUGAAGAUUUGCUUUUGUGUCUCCUGCAAUGCUUCAAUCUGAUAAACAACUGUGUUGGAGAGGAUAACAAGUGGAUCUUUGUUUUAUUGGUGUUUUAUGGUGCUUUAAUGAGUUUCUAUGCUCUUAUUCUUAUUGUCUGUCAUUUUUAUAUUUUCCCAAAAUGUCAAGUAGAUAUAUGCAAUCCAGAUGUGUUCAUGUUUCGACAUCAACGUUGGUUUAUGUAUGUUGGUUUUAUACUAGAUUUAGCUUUAUUGCUCAUAUGUUCAACACAGUUUCUCACCCAAGUUAUAAAUAUUUUUCUAAAUCGUACAACGUUGGAACAGAUUAUAGAGUCAGCCAAUUAUUACAGACGUAUGCAGCAGGGUCAGACAUGCAAUCACUCGCACAAGAGUGAUAGCGGGCGAAUGUCAGCAUUUGAAUCAUUCCAAGAAGUGUGGGGAAGUGGAAACGUUUUAUGUUGGUUGAAUCCAUUACGACGGAGGAGAGCAUCACCGCGUUUUGUAUACAAUGAACAUGUACAUGCAUUACAGCAUGUCUAACGCAUCAAGCAUUGCAAUGUACACACUGAUGACAUAUUGUCUAUCUGGUGGUACCUAUAAAACUUUAUUCGUGGCUAUAUUUGGAUGAAACCCACAAAACUGCAGGCAAUUACUGACAUGGUGUGGUUGUCUGUAAAUUAUACUGAAAAAUGAACAUCCCACUGGCUCAAAAAUCGCAAUUUUCAUGGGUGUUUUGACAUGUGUGAAAAGUAGUACGGUG